AUGGCUCAGAAUGCUGUGGCUGCGUCUCAGCCCAAUCUUCCAGACCAGCGAUCAUGCGAAGGGAAGCUCGUUCUUUGCCCAGAUUCAGACGGAACAUUCCAAUGCCACCAUUGCUCAAAGCGCUAUGGCUUCCGCUGCCACGAGCCAUAUAAGCGCCACUUACGAACGGAACAUAAAGACCCCAUUGAUCAUAUCUGUAUAGAACCAAAGCGUUGGCAAGACCCAGUUCCAGACAUCAAAACUUUACAUAAGGUUUGGUGCAAGGACGGCACGCACUGUGUUCGGGUGACUGUUUCGCAAUUCCUUGGACCAAACUCCGCAGUAAAACGAGUAGAUGAAGACGAGACCUUUACCACGGAGAGCUUCUUGAGAAAAGAGUUUCAACGUACGAAGGUGUACGAAGAUACAGUCAAGAAGAUUACCGAGCUCGAUGGGAGAUGCUGCAAACCGGUUCCGAAUGCAGUCGCGGUGAACGCCCGGAAAUAUCCAUUCAUCAAUACGGCAUCCAAAUUCGCACAAUCCAGCUUCGGCAACGUGUCCAAGUGGUUGGGAUUAUGUUUCUUCUCAUGUCUCCCAACCCAGAGAAGGCGUAGUCAUAGGAACUCAUCGGCUCGGUAUCGAGGACCAAACUUGCGACGAUCUUCUCAUCAUCCAUCGAAAGAGGCUAUUGUCCCAGAUACCAGUCAUCGGUCAAACACCGAUACGAACACCUACGAAGAGCCAACCGACUCGAAGGGAGGUAUGGAGUAUCGGAUAUCUACCGCAAACCUGUUUGUACCCAAGUAUGCUUCAGCCGACAUGCUCGCGCCAACACAGACUAUUCCGAAGCAUGCAAAUCGUAUUGCAAACGCUUCUCUUUCUGAUCAGAUUACCGGAGUUGUUGCUGUCGGCUCGUUUUACUCAACUUGUGAGGGCGUUUAUGGCUGUCAAGUGAUUGUCCUGACCCGGUCGGACAGUGUUCGCCUCCUGCAAAGAGUGGAUUUUGGCGCACUUGUUGAGUACGAGCGUAUUGCGAGGCAAUUACGGGCUAUUAUUGGAGAUUCGGUCUUUGAUCAAUUGUCGCAGCUUGAGCAGAAGCGCAUGGACAUUCGGGAUCCUGUUUAUCGUGGCCUUGUACCGGAGGAGGGGUUGCAGAUCAAAGAAGGCGAAGCGCUUCCGCUCGAACUGUGCCCUCCAAUUCUACAGGCGUACGUUAAGUCUGUUGUACUUGUAUAG